CCUUGUCUGUGUAACUUAGCACUUAAGAACAAGUGACUCAGCCACCCACUUCAUAUACAAGGUAAUACUGUAAGGGUCUCGGCUUCCUCUCCAUAGAAAGGUGAUGCUUCAUUCUAACACACGACAUGCAAAUCGACUCAGAGUGUGCAAGGAAACAACGGAAACUUCCUGCAUGCUACAUUGGGGACGUGCCUUCGCUGUCACUGUGUGGUAUUUGCAAGUAGUGUUUCACGUUACUAAAAAGACUGUAAGAUCUCUUAGUGCGUUAUGGUAUAAGUUCAUGUGCUAAGCUACGGGUUAGGAGAGAAAAACAUUUGAGCGCUCAGAUUUUACUUUAGCAUCAUCUUGGAGGAAAUAAAGGUGCAGGUUUAGCAGCUCUACAUUUGUUCGAGCUAACAGGUGCACUGCUGACACUUGUUAAAAGUGCGUUACAGGAGAUGAAGACUUCCUGGCUGUGUGCGACCCUCCUGCCCCUUUUCCUCUUCAGCUGUGCCCUUCCUGACAAGCAGUGCCAGUGGAAAGACAACAUCCCAGAAAUCCAGCGCGUAGAAGUCCACAGCAAUAUUUCUGUGCCCUGUCCCAGUUUUACAGCAGUGGAGAUGAAGUUCAUCUUGUAUAAGGGCCAAAAUAAUGUUGCCUCCAUCACAUAUGGAAAUAUCUCACACGUGAUGAACUCAGAACACCUCGGAAGCAAGAUGAAUCAUUAUGUACGUACCGAUUCCAACAGCACUUCCUUUGUGCUUCACAACGUUACUAUGGAUGCCACGGGCUUGUACACGUGCACGGCUAAAAGGUCUUACCCUCCCCCCAUGGUGGACAUCCAGGAGGAACCUCAGACCAUCGUGAUUGUUGAACAGCAUGUGUGUAUGACGAACAGCCCAAGACCAGCAUCUUCUGCCAAGGAUCUGCCCCUGUGGGUGGGGUUCGGGCUACUGUGCUUAUACGGCCUGAUCAUCACUUGCAUUGCAUUAUCACUCAGGUUCUGCCUGAAGAAAGAGCAAACAUCUACACACGACUACAUGAACAUGAAGCCACGAACACGGCGGAGGAAACAAGGCAUCCUUCACCCCACACACCUCAGCUGGUACAACGACACGGCCAACGGCUCGGCAGCCAGCAAGAAGUUUCCCAUCAAACGAACACCUGUUUAAAUCCAAGACUCAUCUUAAACGAUUUAUCCACUGCAUAGCACUGUACAUUUCAUUGUGUAUUAUUGCUCUGAUCCACAUGUUAAAAAUGCAGACAUCAACUAAUUGAGUUAUAUUCAGGUGUGUUGGAGGAAACAGAACAUGCUGCACUAAACGAAUUAGAUUAUUCAACCACACACACUCUUACUUGUGCAGAAACUGUAGCAAACUUAUAGUCUCAAGGAUUUAUGUAGUUUUCUUUUUGUCUUAUUUUGCUUCAAUCAUUAUUGUGUUUUUGUAAAUAAUAGGCAUACUUAAAAACUUCAUGCUUGUUAACUGAGAUAAUCGUUUUACUGUAUACUUUAAUUUACUGAUUGAAGAUGCUUUUUCAACUAAUAGUAAAGCCUGAACUGUAGAAUCAGCUAAUCUCUGAUUUAAUCACAAGUGGCAUCAGAAUUAUUGGCACCCUGUAAAAUAUAGAUGCCGUCAUAUAAUACCAGUACAAUCAUCCUUGAAUCAUUUUUGUCCAGCAAAAUUUUCUGUAUUUUGUUAAAACAUCCAUCUAUAACCAAGAAACCUCUUCGCUGAGGUAAACAGGUAACAGACCAAAAAUUCUGUCAUAGGAAUCUGUGAAUUUUACAAAAAAUAUAUACAUUUAUUAUCUUUUAUUUAAAAAUAUGUUUGUAGCGAUAUGAGUUUUAGAAUUAUUGCUUAUUUUCUUGCCUGUUUUCUGUGAGGUUGACUGCAAACAUACACUACCGACAGUAUAAAAUAAUGGCUAACUGUAACACCAUACUGUAUAUAUCUUCUAAACUAUGUGUAGUAGGAGCUGUUUGGGAGUAGCAAUUUAAUAAAAAAAACUGUAUUUCUUUGUGUGUUAAGUUUUCACAUAUUGUACAAGGCAGUACAAAUAGGUAGCAAAAUAAAACCGAUUAAAAACAACAA